AUGGGUCUUUGUCAAUCUACCUAAUCUACUCUUAAACUUCCUCGUAUUCCUGCCUAAAAGCAUAUACAGAUCAAUUUUGAUAAGAUUAAGCAAUACGAAAUCCAAUAUACUCGUCAAGAACAAUAUUCAAAAAAGCAAUCUACUGAAGGAUUCUCACCUCUCAACAAUGUUGUCAAAUGA